AUGGAGGCCAAAGAAUUGGAAGAAAUGGAGUUUCCGGCUCAUUCAUACGUUCCUGAGACCUUCAUCCGUGCAAUCCUCGACAAACCCGGCCAUCCUUUGUUCGUUUCGGGCAUCACACAACUGGAAUGUAGUUCGGGCCGUAAUGACGAGGAUCCAGUUCCUUAUGACCCGCUCAAAGCCCGAGUCGGUGCUCCAGCGCGAUUGGGGAACCAAUACUUUGCAGAAUAUUUUGCAGCAAACCUGUGCGGAGUGGAUCGAAAUCGUGCCGAGGGCAGGCGGGUCGGUUACAGGAUGCAUAUGCCAUGCUGGGUGCUGCUAUGCCGUCUAGUUGGGAAGCAACUGAUAGAAGAAAACCUUGACUGUUUUGUCGCGACAGUGAAAUCAUUCUGGUGCUCGGAAAUUAGCAACUGGAAUCUAAAAUCCGUGGAAGGCUACUAUGGCACCUACCGUGGCAUCAUGCCCUGGUCUGAAAGACAAUGGAUUUGGCCAAGAUACGCCGGUGGAAGAAAACCGUCUCUUCCAGAGCCCUGGUUGCGGGCUGAUAGCAGGGAGAACCCAGGGGCAAUUUCUGAUAUUCAUCAGCUGAUUAGAAACGCAUCUCUAGUACCUAGUCAGCAAUUUGCGAUGCACGGAAAUCAUCCAGUGCACAAUAUUCCGUUAGACGUUGCGAUCAUAAUCGUGGAGCUAAUUCGAGAGGAACCAAACUACGAUUUGAAAGGCGUCAGAACUACAAAGAACCUGCUCACUGCGUUUGGGUGGCGCCUACCCAAUACUUACUGGCAGUCACAUUGCAGAAACUGCUUGGUUUUUGAGGUCGAAGAUCUAAUACAGGCCGGAUCCGAGGUCGACUGGCAAUUUCUUUGCCUCGGUCUGGAAGAGCUUAUUUUUGGUCACCGCAAGUACUUUAAGAGAGGACUGAGGAAUCGGGGCCGAAUCAUGCAGCUUAUUGAAAGGAUCAAGGAGUCAUUUUUGGUGAGAUUGAAGGCUAGCAGCGCCAGCAAAGAAGAGUGA